AUCGGGAUCGCAGCGGGUGAUGCACCAUGGAUGAUCCUCUGUCCAACCUUGUCGCCGCUGUUUCGGGAAGCGAUCGAUCCUGCUUUGAGCUGGGUCAUGGAACAUUUGGACAGGUAGUGCUGCCUAAUCCUAAAACAGGAGUUGAUCCCUGUGAGGUGUGGUGCAGUCAGCCUGUGGAAAAAUUAAGGGAAAUUUGCAAUGUGAUGAAAAUCAGGAUGUUUUGGUCUGUGCUCUUCACCAGGGAAAGCACUUCCUUUGUGGAUGAUUCUUGUUUGCUGUUCCUGGGCUGGAACAAGAAAAUCUUUGAGUUCACUGUUACGGAAGACCUUGCUGAUUUAAUUAAAAAAGUUGUUAACAUCCCAUAUUUCAUCAGUGGCAUCCUGAGGAUUGGCAGUGGAAUAGAAAAUGGUUUCUUCCACCUUGCAGAGGGCCUGAACUGGGUCAGGUGUGUGGGGGAUGCCAACAUGCUGGAGAAGCUGGAGCAGCUUGGGGACUGUGGCAGGGUCAUCCUUCCAAUGUUUUUUUCUGAGUGGAAACGUUACAUCACCAGGGUGACCCUGGAGGAUUGGGAUUUAGUGGCAGAACUGAGAGCUAUGACCUGUGAGAGCUCCAGGAAGAAAAGUGAAGCCAUGAAGCAGAGAGGAAAUGCUGAAUUUUCCCAGGGAGCCCUGGGCUGUGCCAUCGUGUCAUACAGCAAAGCCAUUGAGCUUUGCCCUACCAACCACCUGCUGUAUGGGAACCGAGCCCUGUGCUUCAUUCUCACCAGGCAGUACGAGAAAGCUGUGAUUGAUGGAAAAAGAGCCAUAAUUCUCAAGCCUGAUUGGCCAAAGGGUCACCACCACUACUGCAAAGCCCUGGCCCUGAUGGGCGAGGCUGAGCUGGCCCUGGUGGCCAACGAGAAAGCCCAGGAGCUGUGCCAGAAGAGCCCCGAGGGGCUCAAGGAGCUCGUCCAGCAGCACGAAAAAAUCCAGAAAAGCCUGCAGGAAAUCCACGGUACCAAAAGUAAAGAGAAGCCUCUGCUUGAGAAGAAAGACUGCACUUCUUCAAAAUCUCCUUCAAGAGCCUGCCAGGAGCAGAAAGGAGCAGAAAAGGAGAAGAAGAGAAGCCAGGCUGAGCCCAAACAUCCCCACGGGGCUCCAAAGCAGGAUGCCAAGGUGGCUGAGCCCCAGAGAGCAGAAGGCAAAGCUUCCACGCUGGAGCAGCCUCCAAACCAAAGUCAGCAAAACAAACGAAGGCCAAAAACCAAAACUUGUGACUAUGAAAAGAUGAGGGAUCCCAUGGAUUUGAAGAAGGAGUCUAAGACCAUGGAGGAUAAAGGUUUCUGUGCUGAGCCACAGGUGGAUGUCAAACCAGAUACAAAAUCCUUUGGGCAGGAGGGUGAUGGAACUUCGCCAGAGAGAGAUAAACCCUUUAUAUUACCCCUGCUGAGAGCCUUGAAUGCUCCAGAAGUCACGGUGGAUUUCAACACUCUGCCAGAGGAUGUGAAGUCCCUGGCUCAGGAUGGCUGCAGGGCCCUGCGGGAGCAGCAGUGCCACGGGGCUGAACGAGCCUUUUCCCAGCUCCUGAGCAUCCUCUACACCUCAGGAUUUUCGCAAUAUGUGAAUAUUCUUAAUAUUAAUUAUGUUAUAUUCCUCUAUGGACAUGCCACUGCCCUCCUGGGAAUUGGACAUCCUGAGGCAUUGGCAAGGGCUGAACAUCAGUUUAAGAAAAUAAUGGAGGAAUAUCCAGAAGAAAGUUGUUUUUGUUUGGCACACUAUGGAAUUGGAAGGGUUUACCUCAGGCAAAACAGGUUUGCUCAUGCCCUCGACCAGUUCCUGAGGUCAAAGCUGAUGAUUGAUUUCAAGAUUGUCCCUGGAGUUCUAACCUGGCCAGGAACAACUGAGGUCAUCGAGGAGACACGAAUGGAGAAUUUACAGAUGGCUUUAAGGAAUUACAUUGAGGAAUGUAAAUUCCCUCCAGAGCCAGAUGCUGUUUGUCGAUAUCAGCAGUGCCAUGGCUACUCCAAAAUCCAAAUAUAUUUUACAGACCCAGACUUUAAGGGUUUUAUACGUGUUAUUUGCUGUCAGCAGUGCAGACUGGAAUUCCACAUCAGCUGCUGGAAAAAACUGAAAACAGCAAGCUACAGUGAUAAAAAUGAUAAGGACUUCCUUAAGGAAAUGUGUUUUACUCCUGAUUGUAAAGGCUUUAUUUCAAAAAUAGUUAUUUUCAAUUCUUCUGGGCUGGUAAAAUGUGAAUUUGAACAAAAAAUGCCAAAACUCAAGGAACCACCAAGGGCCUGUAUAAAACAGAAAUGUUCAAGUCUUAGGAAGAUAAAAAUGAAGCAAGAAAAAAAAGAGCGGCGAAAACGAGCGCGAGAAGAGGCCCGGAAUUGUGCCAGGAGAAAAGCUGAGGAGAAGCAGGAGGGAAAUGACCAAUCCCAGUUCAGCCAGCACAGGGGCUCUGGCCAGGAUUUAUACGCUGGGGACCUGGUCCUGCAGCACAUCCAGCGCAAUUCCGAGCAGAUCAAAGCUGCUGUCCCCGACUCCGCCAAAUUAUUAAAGGAAUUACUGGCCUGGGGUGUGAUCAGAGAGGAGGAUUUCACCUCACACUGCCAAACCAGCAGCACUUCCCAGGAGGUGCUGGAGCAGCUGCUCAGCUCCUUAAUCCAGGAGAAGCGCCGGGUGCAGAGCAGAGCCUUCCUGCACGUGCUGAGCCAGCUGGGAGAGGUGGAUCCCAAAGUGCACAAGUGGCUGCAGCACCUGGAUCACCUGGGUCUGACAGCCACAAAAAACUUUCUCCUCCAAUAUGGCCAAGUUCUGCAAGAGCUUGACUUUUCUAUUUUAACCCCACUGUGGAACCAGAAAUAUGGCAGUAAAUUUGAUUAUGUGGCAGCUGAUGGUGAAAAGCAAGAAAUUUGUGAUUAUUUCCUCACCCCUCCCCUAGAGAAAUCCCGUUGUUUUAUAUGGCUUUUAGAAGAAAACAGAGAACAUUUUCCACACCUCCAUCAAGCUUUAGAUGAAUUCUUUGAUAAAAUGGAUGAUCCAACUAUUUUAUUAAAGAAGCAGGGAAAUGAGAAUUUAUCAAAUAAUGAAAUCAAAGUUAAAAACAAAAACAGGAAGAAGAAUUUGAAAGAUUCAAAGUCUAUUUUAGUAUUAUCCAGUGGAGUUAGUACAGCACCACGAGAAGAAGAGAAGAUGUUUAUAGAAGAAAAUAAUUUGUACAGAGAUUUUCCAAAUGAACCCUUUGCAAUCCCAGAAUAUCUCCAGGAGCAACUGGAGGAAUUCGAAGCUCGCUAUAAUAUAUCAAAUAGUAACAGUUAUCAAAUGAAUAAUAAUAAUAAUCCAGAUCCAAUCUCUGAGAAUUUAUAUGAUUAUUUCUCUCAAAUCUUGGAUGAGCAUGGCCCUCUGGAAAUUAAUAAUAAAUUACUGGUUGGGGAAUAUGAACAUUUCCCUGAGGAAACUCGGAAGGUGGUGGAAGAUGAAGGCGGCCUGGAGCCCUUCCUGCUGAAAUCCCUUCGUUUCAUCAGGGUGGAUAAUCUGAUUGGGCUCAGGAAGCACUCGGUCCUUUUUGAAGGAAAGCCAAGCAACAACGAGCCUGGGAAUAAAAAGGAAAAUCCAUCUGGGGAAUUCCAGGGGAAUUCUUCCCACAGCAAGCUGCCCUUGAAUCCCUAUGCCCAGGAGUUCAAGCCUCUCUCGUACCCCGUGGACGCCCCUUCAGCAGCAGCUCCUGAUUUACCAGAUUAUCACAGCCCAGAGUAUUUGUCCUGCUCCUUCCCUGCCUCCUGCACUCCUGGCAAUCCUCUGGAAAAUGAAAAUGUUGAUUCCAUGGAAAACGUUCCAUUUUCAGGUGUUUUACUGAAGGGCUUCGAGCCUGCAGGCCCGGCUGUGUUUUUGCCUCAGAGCUCCUGGGGUUAUCAAUAUGGAAUAUUGCCCCUGGCACAGGCUGGGUUUAUUUAUGCUCAUCCUGCAGCUCCUCAGGAAAAUUGGGAAUCAGCAAUUCCACAUGGGAAAUACGGCCCUGAGGGUUUUGUGCCAGGUGAAAGCCAGGAGUACAAAGGCCUUCAGGGCCAGUUGGAGAACUUGGAUAUAAAGGAUUCUGCUUUUCCAAAUGGUUCAGGUGAAGCUGAGGAAGAUAAAUGUGAUAAAAAAGAAAAAGGAAGGAGAAAUAAACCCGGGAUGAACAGCAAUCCUCACACAAGGGUGGUGGCUGUUCAGGUAAAUCAGGAAGUUGCUGAUAGGGAAACCAAUACUUUGCCUUUCCAUCCAUUUGAAAAUCAACAGGGAGAUAUUCUCCGUGUGGAAAAGGAGCACCAGGUGUUGAAAGAACAGCUCAGAGAAGCAGAGGAGAAAUUUGAGCAGUCACAGAGCAGGAGCUUGGAGGAAAUUGCUGCUUUGGAAGAGCUCCUGAAAAAAAGUAUUGAAGAGACUGAGGUGUCCCAGAAUGAGCUGGAUUGGUUCCACCAAGACUCGGAAACACAAACGAAGAAAUGGCAGCAGGAGAAGAAAGAAAACCGAGAGAAUUUAAAAGCCCUGAGGGGCACAGUUAAGAAACAAUCAGACACCAAUGAGAGGUAUUUGAAGACUAUUGAUGACAAGGAAAAGCAAUAUAAUAAGUGUUUAACUACAUUUUUGGAGACCAGUAAUAAAUUUGCUAAUGAUAAAGGCAAAUUGGAAGAGCUGAUAAAAAAGUGUCAAGGUAACAGCCAGGAGUGUGAGAAAAGAGCUGUUAACGCAGAGGUCUCAGUGCUCCAAACCUGGAAGGAAACUGAAAUCUGGAAGCUCAAAGGCACCAUUGCCAAGGCAGAAGGAAAACUCAGGAUGCUGAAGGCACUGAGCAGCAGCUCAGCUGCAGCAGCUCCGGUGUUGAAGUCCCAGAUUGAUUCCUGGGAAAUAUUUAUUUCAAAUGUCAAGAAACAACUGGAAAAAGUUGAGGCUGAGUAUGAGGAGAAAAUCGAGCUGGUGAAGAACGGGGCCCGGAACUGCCUCAGUAAAGUGGAAAUUGUGGAUUUUCCUUGGCCUCAGGGGCUUGUUACAAUGCCAGGCAGACCUUCCGUGUGUGACCCUGCCAUUGUCACCUAUUCCUUGGCACCUGCACAUCCCAGUGCCCUUCCUGCAUUUUCCAGUUCUGAUGGAAAAGCUCCAGCCCAGCCUCCACUCCAAGCACAGACCGGAGCCAACCCUGCACCUGCCACCUCUGAGGCUUCUUCUGCAGCUGGGAAAACACAUCCCAAAGCUCCAGAGGAGUCACAUUCCAGUAACAUCUCACCAUCCUGCCCAUCAGGCACUUCUGGAAAUAACUCCCAGCAUGUCCAACCCAACCUGAGCCACCAAGAUCCCUCAGCUCUGCAGCCAAAGCCUUCUGGAGUUCCAGACAACAAAAUGUUUCCAAAAAGAAAUGAAAAUAUUUUUGCCCAGCUCCAGAGUAUAUUCCCAAACUAUAGCAGCUCAGACCUCACUGCCUCCAUCAGGGAGGUGCAGAGGAGAAAUAGGAACAGCGUGGCCGGCCUGAGCCCGGAUGAAAUCCUCAGCCAGGCCACGGAGCUCAUCCUGAACCAGCAGCUCAAGGCAGCACCUCCAGCAGGCAGAGCCCUGCAUUCCCCAGCUCCCCCAGCACGGGGCACGGGAACCGCCCCUGGCUCUCCCCAGGCAGCACGCGGCCCUAAAUCCUCCUCCAGUAAAAACCCCUCUCAGCCAAACCUGCAUCCCUGGGGAAAUGCUGGAGCUACACCUAAAGCCAAAUGGACAAAGCGGGACAGUGCUGCUUGCAGUGAGGAUCCCUGCACCAUCUGCCACGAUGAGCUGAGCACAGACUGCUGUGAGCUCGAGUGUGGCCAUCACUUCCACAAAGAGUGCAUCCGAAUGUGGCUCAAGCAGCAUUCCAGCACCUGCCCCAUCUGCCGUGUCCACGCUCUGCUUCCCGAGGACUUCCCCGAGCUUCCUGCAUGGAACAAGAAUGGUCACCAGUAGCAGGAGGGGCAGAAUUCCAACAGCUCAGGGAAUUUUCUCCCACUGUUUUCUGAGUCUGAAGUGGCCAGAGCACCUUCAACACAGACAAAUUUGUCCCACACAGCCAAAAAGGUGAUGACCAGAGCCUGAGAAUCUUAAAAUGAAACUCAAAUAUUCUGUUGUCUGAAUCCAGGGAGCAUCACAUGGAUUAGGAGCCCUUGGCUAAUUCCAGGAAUCACUUGUUCCCCACACUGCUACAUCUCCUCCAGCUGAAGUUUUAAACUCCUCUCUCAUUAAUGAGUGUAUUAAUUACCACUUAAAUAAAAAAUAAAAUUACUGCUGCAGCUAAA